UGCCCAGCGACGCAAUUACGUCAUCGUCGGUGUGCGGAAAGAGUGUUUCUAUAGCAGGAAAGAAAAGCAAACCGGGUUGUUUUGAUUAUAAAUUAACGCAUAGACACAUUUACUUUCUUCGAUGGCGGUUCCUGUGGGUACGGCAGACCUGCAAAUGGCCGGAGGUGCCUUGAGCAGCCAGACCGUUUCGCCUGAAAACAGCAUUGAUAUCGACGAGGAAGAGUUGGAUAAUAUCACAAAGAAACACCGAGGAGACGAGAGUUCUACGCUUCCACUGCAUUCACCUUGGACAUUUUGGUUGGACAGGUCAUUGCCAGGCACAACGGCUGCAGAAUGUGAGUCCAAUCUGAAGAAGAUCUACACAGUGCAAACUGUUCAGCUGUUCUGGAGCGUAUACAACAACAUCCCUCCAGUCACAGCGCUGCCUUUGAGGUGCAGCUAUCACCUAAUGCGUGGAGAACGGAGGCCACUCUGGGAAGAGGAAAGCAAUGCAAAAGGAGGCGUGUGGAAGAUGAAAGUACCCAAAGAAAGCACAUCUGCAGUUUGGAAAGAAUUGUUACUCGCUACGAUCGGGGAACAGUUUGCAGAUUACUGUGCCUCAGAUGAUGAGGUUGUCGGCGUCAGUGUAAGCGUACGUGACCGUGAAGAUGUUGUACAAGUUUGGAAUAGAGAUGCAUCUCUUGCUAAUGAAGCAAGUAUCUUGGGGAAAAUCCACAAGCUCCUCCCGCACAUAUCUUUUAAAGCAGUUUUUUAUAAAUCUCACAUGGAACAUCAUGCCUUUGAAGGAGGCCGUUCAAGACAUUAGAUAAUGAAUGCACUUUUUCAGUUUUUAUUUUAUUUUAUUUUUAAAAUCUGAACUCUGUACCUGCCUUGACUACAACAGAAUCCAGGAUAUGAUUUUGCAUUCACCGAGGAAAUGUUACCAGUAUAUUUUUAUAACUUUUGAAUGACUGAUGCCUUGUUUUAUUUCGACCCUUCACUGAAUGUACGUCCCGGUCUUCAGCCUUGAUUAGUUCACUGUAGUUUUUAAUUGGCUGUAAUGUCGUGGCACUGUUUCCUGCAGGGACCAUGACUUUCACAGUUGCUUUGUCUUCUGAAGGUAGCUGCUGUAUUAUCUUCUAUGUUUACCUUUACGAAAUGUUAAAUUCGAUCAACUCAUAUCCAUUUUUUAAAAUAAAUUACAGCUGGUUAGGUGCCAAAGAAGGUUUGUAUGGUAAGUUGUGAGUGUUUGUGGAGUCAAUGUCCCAUUUAGUUUUUUUUUGCAUCGUCAUUAGCUGUAUGUUAAAUGAACAGGGUAACACUUUAAUGACAUCAGUCCAGUCACACCGUCUCUCACUUUAUAAAGCCAUAAGCAGCAGCAAUGAGGAUAAUGUAUAUUACUUUUUGAAUGUCCAAUCACAGCGCAUUUGAAAGGAGACCUCCACUUGCCCAAAUGGAGUCACAGCGAAACGGCACAUUUUCUGGCAUUGCUCUGUACUUGUCUGUACUUGUUUCCACUUCCAAUAAAUUCACCUUUGACUUUG